GGACGGAACGCUUCUUUCAGCAGCAGCAACAACAGUUAGUCAGCCACCUCGGUAGCCUGCUAGACAAAAUAGCCGAACCAAUAAAGCUCUUUAGACUCUUUCGUGUAUAUUAGCCACUGUGUUUUAAACACACUUCUGUCGUCUACUUAGUUAUCCGAUUUAAUUACAUAUUUACGGUGUUGUUAUUAUUCAGCUAGCGGGCUGGUUAAGUUAGCAUUAGCUUAGCUAGCUAACAUCCCCGACCAUGCGGUCACUAAGCUUCUCUCCUUCUAAAGAGGAAGAUAUCACAGUAAAACAAGAAGUAGAGGGCGAGGCCGUUACUGUGAAAGAAGAGGAAGACGCGUUCAGUGUGAAAGAGGAGGAGGAUGUUACAGUAAAAGGAGAGGAAGAUGUAGUUUAUGGCGUGAAAGUGGAGGAGGAGAUGACUGUUACACCGAAAAAGGAGGAAGAAGAGGAGGAAACUGGAUAUCUGGGCCCGGUUUCCCAAACGCGUCAUAAGGCAUCCAAUGGUUCUGACGAUGAAUUUAGCCAUAAGAUGGUUUUGAGAAACCGCUCCCUGAUUAAUACUAGAGAGAGACGUGACUAUCGUGGACCCUCUGGGGAGCCUCAACAACCUCAUGAUGCUGACGAGGCAGAGAAGAGUCUCUCCAGAUCAGAACUCCUCAAGAAACACCAGCAGAGACCCACAGGGAAGAUAAAUCAUCGCUCUGACUAUGGGAAGAGAUUCACCUCAUCAGCAGGCAUUAAAAUGCAUCAGAGAAUCCACACAGUAGAGAAACGUUAUUGCUGUACUCAAUGUGGGAAGAGUGUUGAUACAUCUAGCCAUCUUAUUGUACACCAAAGAACACACACAGGAGAGAAACCUUAUAGCUGUGAUCAAUGUGGGAAGAGUUUUAUUCAGCUAAGCAACCUGAUAUCACACCAGAGAAUACACACGGGAGAGAAACCGUAUAGCUGUGAUGAAUGUGGGAAGAGUUUUACUCACAUAGGCACCCUGAUAUCACACAGGAGAAUACACACGGGAGAGAAACCGUAUAGCUGUGAUGAAUGUGGGAAGAGUUUUGCUUUUUCGAAUAAUCUGACUCUUCACCAGAGAACACACACAGGAGAGAAACCUUAUAGCUGUACUCAAUGUGGGAAGAGUUAUACUCAUUCAACCAGCCUGAUAUCACACCAAAGAACACACACAGGAGAGAAACCAUAUAUCUGUGAUCAAUGUGGAAAGAGUUUUACUCAGCUAAGAAGCCUGGUAACACACCAGAGAACACACACCGGAGAGAGACCGUAUAGCUGUGAUGAAUGUGGGAAGAAUUUUGCUAGUUCCCGCAAUCUGACUCUUCACCAGAGAACACACACAGGAGAGAAACCCUAUAGCUGUACUCAAUGUGGGAAGGUUUUUUUUACAUCUAGCCUUCUGAAGACACACCAGAGAAGACACACAGGAGAGAAAUCUUAUAGUUGUACUGUAUGUGGGAAGAGUUUUGUUCAAUCUGGGGAACUGAAGAUUCACCGGAGAACACACACAGGAGAGAAACCGUAUAGCUGUAGUCAAUGUGGGAAGAGUUUUACUCAGCUAAAUGGCCUGAUAUCGCACCAGAGAACACACACAGGAGAGAAACCUUAUAGCUGUGAUCAAUGUGGGAAGAGUUUUGUUCAGUCUAGCUCUCUGAAGAUACACCAGAGAACACACACAGGAGAGAAACCUCAUAGCUGUGAUCAGUGUGACCAGAGAUACUCUGAAAAAAGAUCUCUGAUCAAACAUCAGAAAAUACAUACAUGAAAGAUUUGUUUCAUGAUAUCAAUGAAAUUAUUUCACAAUGUAGAAUGUUUUAACAUUGUAGAAUUAGCAUUUUAAUAAUGUCACAAUGUAGUACCCUAAACCUUUGCCCCCUUAUCAUUUGAUUUCAACAUGAUAUUGAUAUUAGCCUCGAGGAAAUCCAGGCUCUGAAUUUGAAGAGUACUAUUUAUGUGAUUUAACAAAAAGUGACUAACACAAAAAGAGCUGAGUUACACUUACCAUGUUGGUGACCCACUUGAAUCAAAAUGCAACACUUCAAAAUGUAGCUUGCUGUUUUCUACAAAUGGUCCUCUAACCAGUGAUGUACACAUUAUUCCCAGAUUCCGUGUGGUUUUUGAGCUGUUAGUUUUAACAGGACGUGCAACCUCAUCUCCCUCCUCUCGGCACAAUUGAUUUCAACAUGAUAUAGAUGAGUUAUUACAAAUAAGUGUUGCGUUCCUUUGUUUAGCGACCCCUACAUUUAAAUGCAUCACUCCAAAAUGUAGCUGAAUGUCUUCUGCAGGUUGUCCUCUAACCAGUGAGGUGAAAGAUAUCUCCCAUUUCCAUGUUUUUUUUUAGAUGUUAGUUUCAACAGCAAGUACAAUCUGAUCUUCCUCCUAAUAGAUAUCAGUGAUUUAUUGCUACUUGUCAAAACAACAGGGUUUUUGGUGCUUGUGUCCAUGGUGAGGACAACUUGGUUUCUGAUUGUCUCAAGGUUGGGCAGUCAAAAAUAUUUGUGUUUUGUGUUUAGCCAGUGCAGUGCGUUCCAUGGAUCACAAAUUAUUUUGAAUUUCCGUACUAGAGAUGAGUUUUGUUUGGACUCGUUCCAAGGGUACGAGAGUUCUAGAAGCUCGUGCGUUUUAGGAAGACGAGAGUUCUAGAAGCCAGUGGGUUUUAGGAAGACGAGAGUUCUAGAAGCUAGUGAAUUUUAGGAAGGGGAAAAAUACAAGUUUUUUCUUGUUUUUAAUUGUUGCCAGCCAGUAGACAUCAUGUUUAUAUUGGUGAAGGUGAAGCAUUGUUGUUGAUUAUAAUGUGAAAUGGAAGCUGUUUUCUGUUGGUGGUGCGCAUUCUUUUAAGGUGUUACAGUCUUUGGUUUUUCCAUUUAUGUUUUGAGUUUGGAAUUUAGCGUGUAUGCAUGUAGGACGCAUUGAUUGGUGUCACCUCGUUAGUCAGUAUGUGUUACACCUGUGCUGGCUUGUCCAUCUCGUUAGUGGGAAGGUGUUUCACCUGAGCUGGUCCAGGUUCUAUUUAAGAGUGUCUGGCCCAGGUUAUAUUUAAGUGUCUGGCCCAGUGCUCCAGUUGUCUUGAUAGAUGUGGAGAGUCAACACCUUUUAGUUGCUCCACCUUUUUGAUUAAAAUAUGUUUUCAUUCCAAGUUGAAGCUUCUUUCUGAAGAGAGCUUAUUUUUUUAAAUGAAUCAAUACAAGCAAACAAGAUCGGUUCCGGGGAUUGGUAUGGCAAAUACCUUACGAUUUGCCUGGACUGAAAAUGAGAUGGAGCCGUGGAGUAGAGAGACAUUUGGAAGGACUAUUUUGAUGGGAUGCCUCAGGAUAGAGGUGAAGGAAGUGCUCUGCCUUCAAGGGAACCCGAAUGAGAAGGCUUUCGAUGUGACGUUUCACAAAGAAGAAAAACACGAAGUAAUGAAGAUGGCAAAGGAAGCGGAGAAAACGGGACCCCUGUGCCAUUAUGCGGUGACCAGCCUGGCGAAGAACAACUUCAGGGUGGUCACCGUAACCAUGUACAAUCCGCACGUGAAAGAUGAAGAGGUGAGGGCCUUUCUGGGGAGGUACAUGGACAAUGUCUCCUCAGCGAGGUACCUCAGGGACUCCCUGGGUUUCUGGAACGGGAGAAGAGGGUUCCGGGCGUUACUCAGGGAGUCCCCGAAGAGUGUGGAUGGCUACCUCCAUCCUCCGGCGAUGUUCUCCCUGGGGGCUGACAGGGGAACACUCUACUAUGCCCGUCAGCCCCCGUUCUGCAGGCGUUGUAUGGCCUACGGCCAUAUCCUGGCCUCGUGCAGUGCCAAGAGGUGUCGAUUUUGUGGGUCGGAAGAGCACGAGGCCAAGGAAUGUGACGAGCCCAAGGCUUGCCACGGGUGUGGCUCAAGAGCACACCUGUGGCGUGAUUGCCCGGCUCGUCACAGGUCAUACGCGUCUGCAGCUGGGGGGGGAGCGGGGGAUGGGGGGAGGAAAGAAAGGACGCGUGCGGAUUGCAUGGAUGGCACAGGGGAAAGGACGGAGAAGGACGAAGAAGGGAAGAAGGAAGAGGCGAAAAGAAAGAGGAGAGAAGAUGGAAAGAAGGAAAAAGAAGGAGAGAUUAAAAAGAAGGUGGAAGAACGUGGAGGAGCAGAGAA